GUUGGGUGAAAAAGUUCAAAAGCUGGAGCUUUGGCUAUUUCCUAGGUAGCAGGCAAGGCCUGAGCCCAGUUCUCCUUUGCUCGCUCUUUGAGGCAAGGCUGAGUUAGCAAGCUAUAAAUUCCACUCAUCUAAGUGUGAGGAAUGUGGAGAUGAAUGCGGGGAAGUCUCCGUUCCAGAGGAAAGGGCAUGAGAGUGGGCCAGCUGGAGAUGGAAGACAGGACAUACCCCAAGUGUGAGCCAACGGAGAUUUGAAAUUAGAAUCUGGACUCAACCUGCGUCGAGGUUUUAAGACCUCUGAUUGUAAGUGGAGAGGGCUGUCAAGCAGUUGGAGGACAUUGCGGAGAGACCUGAAGUGACACAGCAUCGAUUUGCCCAUUUAUCUGACCAUGGGAGACGACGUAUCUUCUUGGCAAGGAAAAGGAUUUGUGGCGGAACUUGACCUGGAGAGUGAGGGUGAAAGAAGAGGAGAGCCCUGCAGAGCAGCCCCACUCUGGACUGUCCAUUUCGAGGGUGCAGUCUGUAAAGACCUUUAGUAGGAGGAUUGAAUAUGUGAUCCUUCUUCUGCCUCAAGCAUUAAGGAGCCGUUUAUACCAGCUACGUUUCAGUGGAUCCACAGUCAUUUCUACUGCACUGCUUGACGCAUGCUGGAAUCUGCAUCAGUUCCAUUCACUGAAGAAUUUGUAACCCAUGUGCCAGGCACUGUGCUAGGUCCUGAAGUUGCCAUCAAGAUGAAUGAACAAGCCUGCCCUUGAGCUCCUCACCUCCCAGUUGGGGAUAGAGAUUGCAGCAAUUCUCCGGAAACGAAAAUUAGACUAUUAUUUACACAAACUGCUCCCUGAGAUCCUACAGUCUGCUUCAUUUCUGACUGCUAAUGGGGCCUUGUAUAUGGCUUUCUUUUGCAUUUUAAGGAAGAUACUUGGCAAAUUCUACUCAUGGAGUCCUGGCUUUGGUGCCGCUUUGCCAGCAUCUUAUGUGGCCAUUCUGAUUGAAAGAAAAAGCAGGAGGGGGCUGCUCACAAUUUAUAUGGCCAACUUGGCGACAGAAACACUAUUUAGAAUGGGUGUAGCAAGAGGAACCAUCACAACGUUAAGAAAUGGAGAAGUCCUUUUGUUCUGCAUCACUGCUGCCAUGUACAUGUUCUUUUUCAGGUGCAAAGAUGGUUUGAAAGGAUUUACAUUCUCUGCACUUAGGUUCAUUGUAGGGAAGGAAGAAAUUCCCACACAUUCUUAUUCACCAGAGGCGGCAUAUGCAAGAGUGGAACAAAAGACUGAGAAACAUGAGGAAAAACUGAGAAGAAUGAAUAUAAUUGCUCUAGUCAGGAAGCUGGUGGAUUCAAUAUGUAAGCACGGACCAAGGCAUAGGUGUUGCAAACACUAUGAGGAUAAUUGCAUCUCUUAUUGCAUUAAAGGUUUCAUCAGAAUGUUUAGCGUGGGAUACUUGAUCCAGUGCUGCCUCCGAAUUCCCUCUGCAUUUAGGCAUCUGUUUACACAGCCAUCCCGGCUACUUUCUCUCUUCUACAAUAAAGAAAACUUCCAGCUUGGAGCUUUUCUGGGCUCUUUUGUUAGUAUAUACAAGGGUACUAGUUGCUUCCUGCGCUGGGUUAGAAACCUGGAUGAUGAACUGCAUGCCGUUAUAGCUGGAUUUUUGGCAGGAAUAUCAAUGAUGUUUUAUAAAAGCACAACGAUUUCCAUGUAUUUAGCUUCCAAACUGGUGGAGACAAUGUAUUUCAAAGGCAUUGAAGCAGGAAAGGUUCCCUAUUUUCCCCAUGCAGACACUAUCAUCUAUUCCAUCUCUACAGCAAUUUGCUUCCAGGCAGCUGUCAUGGAAGUUCAGAACCUGCGACCGUCUUACUGGAAGUUUCUUUUAAGGCUCACCAAGGGCAAGUUUAAUGUCAUGAACCGAAAAGUCCUUGAUGUUUUUGGUACUGGUGCCUCUAAACACUUUCAGGACUUCAUCCCUAGGUUGGACCCAAGAUAUACAACUGUAACGCCAGAAUUGCCCAUCGAGUUUUCUUGAAGAUGGCUAAUUUCAUAAUGUGACUUCAUGUUUCAUUAUUUUGUCCUGGAGAGUUAAAUAUGUUGAACACAAAGAAUGGGGCCUGAGCUUGAACUUCAGUGUUAUUUCAAUGAAAGAUCCUCUUUUUGUGUUUGUUUUUCUUACCAAUCAGAAAUACAGAAGCUUUUUAGGCAGGUGUUGCUUAAUAAUUAAGCUCCCUCUCUAGCCAGAAUCUUAUUCUGGAUCACUGUAGUUGUUGACAUUGUGAUAUAUUAUUGAUUAAAUUAUGUCCACAAGCAAUAUUAAAGAAUCUAUGUAGAAAUGUAGUAACAAAUAAGAGUAUAGUUAAAAUUACUUUAACAGAUGUUUUUGUUCAUUCCAAUAUCAUUCUUGGUUAAAACUAAGAAUAUGUCUACGUUUUAGGAUACAAAGGAUCACGGGUACAUGGAUUUGGUCAGCAUUUUUUUUUUUUUUUUUGGACUUUUGAGUUGGUAACUAUGGUAGUGAAAUGUUAUGAGGCAAACUCUUCACAAACAAUGCUGCUUUUGUAUAGAGCAAUUUAAUCAGAGAGAGUGGCUAUUCUUACUUCAGGGAUGCAAAGACGGGUCUCGUACUGUUUGGAUAAAUGCCGUGCUGUUUGUGCUCUUCUUCCCCUGACACCUUCAUCUCUUUCCAUGAUCAGGUGGGCUCUGUGGCAGCCCAGUGAACCUAUGUAUUAAUGGCAGGUUAGGAGCAAAUGGAAAUUGACUUGUCUGAUACAACUGAAAUGUAUGUUUUAAUCUUUUACCGAAGCAUUGCACUUGAAUAUUUAAAUGCAAAUGAAGUUACUUUUAAAUUUCCUGUAGGUUUGUUAUGUUUGUUUUCAUUUCUAAGGACUCAAUUCUUCAGAGCUAAGUCUAUAUGCCAUGGUUGAUUUCGAAGGGAUCAAAUCCUAUGGAACAAAAGUAUUUGGGCAAGUUGGGCUGUUUGUUCCCCUAGCUGUUUUACCUCUGCAGAUGUUUGAUGACUAAAAGCAUUAUAAAAAUGCAGCGGUUGUUCCCAAGUCCAUUUCUUCACCAAGUGGAUGCAGGUUCUCUAGCCACUUUUCAAAAAAUCAUUGUCACCAUUUUCACUCCUGUUAAAGAAAUGACAGAGUGACUGCUGCUGAUGAGCUGGUUCAGGAUGGCUUUGAUGGAAAUAUGAUCACUCUUUAGAGUGUUUCAGGGACAAGUUAUUCUUUUCUAAGUUAAUACAAGGCUUAAGUGGUAAGUGGUUGCGAUGUCUACAGUUAAUGUAACAUAUAGGGAUAACGGUAUAUUUUUUUAAUAUAAUUUUUUUGCUGAAAAGUUUUUGGCUACUGUAAAUUAAUUAUGUGAUAGAACUUGUGUUGCAACAAGAUUAUAACCCAGACUCUUAAAAAUGCUUAAUCGUCCAUAUUCGGUUUCGUCCAGCCUUGUGUCCUUCUGUUUACAUGUAAUCCUAACCUUGGUUGUUCUGGCAGAUUGAAACUCAGCAAAAAGGCAGACUCUGGUGCCAUGGUAACAGAGAGAGCCACUUUAAUCAGGCCAGAGUUUUGCAUUGUGAUUACCUUUUUCGGAUGGAUUUGUCUAUUAGGCAAUACUGUUAAAGGACUGUUGUGGCUCCAGACUCCCAAACUGAUAAUAAAUUAAGUUUUACGUUUUUAUUCACUGGAAUCAAAA